AUGUCUAGCAACAAAAAAAGCCUUUUAGAGGAAUCAGAAGAGACACUGAACUUUGGUGAAGAGGAUGAACAAGUAGACAAAGAUAAAAGAUUGAGGCACCCAGUUGCAGUCUUCUUCCACAUAUUCUUUCGUGUCUCAGCCUUGGUAGCCUAUAUACUGUGUGGCUGGUUUAGCUCCAGUUUCAUCACUAACUUUGUGGUUGUGGUGCUUCUUCUUUGUAUGGAUUUCUGGACAGUUAAAAACAUCACAGGGAGAUUAUUAGUUGGAUUGAGAUGGUGGAAUUAUGUAAAUGAAAAAGGAGAAAGCCACUGGAUAUAUGAAUCCAGGAAGGGUUCUGGUGCAAUUAAAACUUCAGCAGCUGAAGCAAGAGUGUUUUGGCUGGCACUUGUGGCUUGCCAAAUCGUCUGGGGUAUUCUCUUCUUCGGUGCACUGUUUCGACUGAAUUUAAAGUGGCUUAUGCUUGUGAUAGUCGGUUUCUGUAUGAAUGGUGCAAAUCUUUAUGGCUAUGUGAGAUGCAGAAUUGGAGCAAAGAAAAACAUUACAUCGCUAGCAUCCAACUUUUUAUCUGUGCAGUUAUUCAAAUCAAUGGUGUCCUCUGCAGCAAAAGCAGCAUCUUCAACAACAGAAAAUAAACAGAACAGUUUCGGAGACCAGCAUUAA